UGAUCAAUGAGUUUCUGUUCACCCACCCGGACCCGGACCCAGCCUCACCUCCUCCAUAAGGACCAUAACCUCACGGUCCGUAGACCUCCUCACGCUCACGUGACCUCUCACAUGACCCCCCACCCCCUCCGCAUUUUUACUCUCCUCGGCGCCAUUUCUCUCUCAGCUCUCUCUGAAAAUCCUCUCCAAUCUCCAUGUCGUUUUCUUCGUCUCCACCGCCUCCAUUCCUGAGCGAUCUCACAACCUACAUCCCCUCCGACUCCUCCACGCCGCCUCAUGCAUCGUCUUCAUCAUCCGUUAACCCUAGCGUACUCAUCAUCGUACUGAUCCUCUUCAUCACCAUAGUUGCUUGUAUCUCCCUCUGCCUCCUCCUCCGCCACCUCAACCGCCGGUGCCUCCGCCACGCGUCCUCUUCAUCCACCACCACCACCGCCACUGUCAGUACUACCGCCGACACUCACCCUCUCUCCGCUCGCCGCGUGUCCCCCGAAAUCGCUAGAACCUCCAUCGCCGAUUCCCUCCCUCUCUUCACCUUCUCCUCCAUCACUCGACGCUCGUCAAGUACAUCGUCAAAGGACUGUGCGGUUUGUUUGUCCAAGUUCGAGCCGACCGACCAGCUGCGGUUUCUCCCUCUCUGCUGCCACGCCUUCCACGCGCACUGCAUCGAUGCCUGGCUCGAAUCCAAUCAGAGCUGUCCGCUCUGCCGAUCGGCCAUUUUUGCUUCGGAGUCCGACCUCAUGAAGGCCUCGCUCGCUUCGUCUAACGGAGCCGCUGCCGGCGAGAGUUUCCGCCUAGAGAUUGGAAAUGUGAGCAGGAGAAGAGCCGAAGGAGAAUCCGGCGAAGCGCGGAGGUCCUAUUCCAUCGGAUCGUUUGAGUACCUUGUGGAUGAAGACUCAGAGAUCAGUAUGAGCCACGCGCACCGGUGGAGCGUGUCAGAUAAGGAGGAGAGCGGAGCUUUGCCGGAGACGAUGGAGGCGAGUCUGGCUUCUGAGGUAGGCGGCGGAAGGAACUGGCUCAAGGAGUACGUCGAUAGGCUCUCAUUCUCUCUCUCGUCGCGCGCCUUGUCAUUUCGCAGCUCCGGAAGGUUCUUCUCCGGAAGCAGUCGCCGGAGCAAUAUCACCGGGGCCGGAGAAAUAGACCUCGAAGCCAAUCGAGUCGGCGAAGAGAUCAGUGAGAUGUUCCGAUGGCUCUCAGGGGUAUGAAUCGUAAAUACAACGUUUUUUUAGGACAAUUCUGAUUUGUUUUUGCUUAUUCAUCUAAAAAACAAUUUUUGAUUUUUUAAACAGUUAAUUCCACUCUUUUUUUUGCUAUAUCCGCUCCGUAGUUAUGACAGAGGUAAUACAAAUUUGGAGUGGAUGUAGCAAAAUAUUGAGUGAAAAUAAGAAAAUCUUCAGUAUUGAACGGGAUUUGUCAUUAUAUUACGAAGAUGCCAUUUUUGUCACAGAAUAUUAGGAAAUUAUUCUUCAGAAAAUCUGACGGUCUUCGUUUCUGUUUUUCGUAAGGUCCACGGUUGUGAUUGGCUGUUCGAAAUUCUAGCAAAAUAUUAAUUAGCACUGUGAUUUUAGCAUGAGGCGCUGUUUUAAAUCCAUAUUUUGUGAGUAAAUGAUUUUGGAAUUUGGCUUUUGGCGCUGUUUUUGGUGACGUCCUUGAUUUUGUCAGUGGUCUUAAGAGAAAGGUAAAACGGUGAGUUUCGGUGCUAUUUAUGUGGGUUUUUAUGAUCUGGUGGUUGAUGGCGUACGGUGUUUCCUGCACUCAUUUAUGGUACAUCAGUAACAUCACCAACCAACUUAAAUGGUAACGCUAGUUUGGAGCUUACCAAUUUGAUGACUUGAUUUGGUCACUCAGAAUCUCACAGAUUCUAUCGUAAGCCUGGAAAUACUUCUAGAACCUUAAUUAUCAAUAACUUAAAAUCUUUAUUUAUUAUUUUU